AUGGUUGACUCUCCAGAACUAACAAUCCGUCAGGAUUUAACAGGCAACGACGACAAUCCUCGCUUUCCCGAUCUCGUUUCCGACGAUAAGCCGACCGGUCGAUACACUCCUGAUAUCCUCGCUGGUGUGUAUCGAGGCAUUCGAAAGUUGCCUUCUGUCAAGCUCUCUCGAAGCCCCUCACGACUGCAUCUAAAAAACUCAUCGAAUAGUUUGCAUUCGGCCAACUCCUCUACCUCGAGCGUCCAAGCUCCUAUCACGAGCGAAACAUCGCCUGCUCAGCAUGUUCGAAACUUGACUCUUCAAUACAGCCUGUCGAAACCUCUACCACGAUCACCGCCCUGUCAAGAUUCGGCACCCUCAAUAGAUUCAACAUCCCCCAAUCUGCCUAGUGUACCAGAGGGGGAGAUCACCUCACUAUAUUUCUCCGAGCCGUCACCUUCAACAUCGCCUCUACCGACACCACCGCCGAAGUCGGAGAGUUACCUGCACAGCAGGUCAGGUACCAUGGAAUCAAUGAAUGCCUCGCAAUCGCAGCACCCAUAUGGUGCUCACGAAACCAACAACAGCAUGAGCAGCGUGUCCAAUGCCUCGAGAUACGAUUCCCAAGAUCCCAACGAUAAUCUCAAGCCGAGAAGUACCUCAACUUCUGCUGGGCCAUCACCAAAUGUGGCACAGGGGCGGUCAAACCCCGUUGGUGGACCUUCCAAUGGACCUUCAACGCAUUUAUCUGGUUUGAUGUGCAAUGUACAUCGAACCACUGGACGUGAGCCCCAUGCUCUGGUCGGCGCUACGACCACCAUAUUGGGCGACAAACUUUACGUAUUUGGAGGACGGAUUCUGUCUAGGAGUCGCCCAGCGCCUCUGACAUCGGAUAUGUACGAGCUGGAUCUCAUCAGGCGACACUGGAGCAAGUUGGAAACGACAGGCGACGUCCCCCCACCUCGAUACUUCCACUCUAUGUGCGCUCUGGGUGACACCAAGAUGGUUUGCUACGGAGGCAUGUCACCCGCCCCUAACCAGCCACCUGGCGGCGAUCAACAACAGCCCGAGAUAACCGUUAUGUCUGAUAUUUACAUUUACGACGUCAACACCAAAGCGUGGACUUUUAUUCCGACACAAGACCCUCCACAGGGCCGGUACGCACAUUGCGCCUGUAUCCUUCCUUCUUCCGCUUCGUUCUCUUCGCACCGGGCACCUCUUUCUGCUCUCCAGCACAACCCCUCGAACGGUAACCCCAACGAGGGUCGAAUUGGCAUAAAUAUUGAUGGAUCAGGAGGCGCUGAGAUGGUGAUUGUUGGCGGUCAGGAUGGCAGGAACAACUACAUCGAACAGAUCAGUGUCUUCAACUUGCGAAGCCUUAAAUGGACCUCUACACAACCUUUGAACAAAAGCUGGGGCGCAUAUAGGAGCGUCACUGCCCCUCUACCUCCAGCGGUAGCCUCCAAACUUGGUAAACAGUCCAAUGGAAUGUACCGCAAUGAAGGAGGUAUUAGCCAGGAAGCCAGGGAGCCAGGCGCCUCGAUGCUGAUUUACUGCAACUAUAAUUUCCUGGAUGUCAAACUAGAGCUACAGAUUCGGUCGCCAGACGGUACCCUUACAGAGAGGCCAAUGUCUGGGAACUAUUCACCACCGGGAUUGCGAUUCCCGAAUGGAGGAAUUAUUGAUACCCAUUUUGUUGUUAGCGGAACGUAUCUCACCUCAUCUCGACAAGAAUACGCUUUAUGGGCUCUGGAUCUACGAACAUUGACUUGGAGUCGUAUUGAUGCUGGAGGAAGCGUCUUCAGCCAAGGGAGCUGGAACCGGGGAGUUUUGUGGAACCGUCGAAACACCUUUGUGAUAUUGGGCAACCGGAAGAGGAGUCUCGUGGAUGACUAUAAUCAUCGACGUAUCAACUUUUCCAAUGUGUGCAUGGUCGAGCUCGAAGCAUUUGGCUUUUACGACAACCCGCGCAAGACCAGUCCGCUUUCAGGUUUCAUUUCAGCGAGCAGCCCUUACGCUGGACCUGGUUUGAGUCUGGCGCGCAAAGCCGGAUACACCGCGGGCGGACGAUACCAUUCAAGGGCGAGCGAGGAGCUCGGCGAGAAGUCAUUUGCCCUACGAGAACUUGCGGAUAUGGAUAUUCUCUGCAUUGGCGGCGAGCGAGUCCCAGUCAACUCGAGAAUUGUUGGACGACGAUGGGGUCCUUACUUUGUUCAACUUCUACGCGAAGGAACAGCUACACAGGAUGGAAGCGAUGCUAUGACUCUUCGGUCUGGACUAUCUAGCAAUCCUCUGCGCGCAUCUGCUAUUACAAUCACACCAAGCUCAAGAGUUGCGGAUUCCUCGGCGUCAAUGAUCAGCACUAUAGGCUCGUCGUUAGGCUCUUCUGGUGUUCCUCCGAGCACUGCAGCUUCAAGUAUUUCAACAGGUGUCAUGGGUCACGAGGCUAACCCAACAAACAUCAACGCGGCGCCUACGCCUCACUCACUACCGCCAAAUUCACGACCCCGAUGUCUUUAUCUUCCACACACUUAUCUCACGAUUCAGGCGCUACUACACUUCUUAUACACCAGCUCUCUACCACCGCAAUCAUCCCCUCUUUGCACGCCGCAGAUUCUCUGCUCAUUGCUCCAAAUCGCCCGGCCAUACCGCAUAGAUGGACUAUUGGAGGCCGUGGUAGAGCGACUCCACUCUUUACUCGACAGUCGCAAUGCUGCAGCUGUGUUCAACGCGACAGCUAUGGCUGCAGGCGGUGGUCGAGGUAUCGAUGGAUCCCUUAACCCCAACUUCUUUGUUGGAACUUUGGAUCCUGUUGGUUCGCCUACUGCUACCUCAGACUUCUCACUGGGACACGCGUCUGGUGACAGUUUCUCGUCAGACCUUCAGACUCGAACGGAAGGUCUCAGUCUCAACACAAACGUGCAGCAAUUUAACCGACCCUCAAGUGAUGAGCUAUCUGCUACGGCAAGCCAAAGCGGAUCUGAAUGGAGUUCGUCAGAGGUUGGCGGCAGUGAGAGAGACAACUUCGUGUGGAGUGGCGAGCUGAGCAGUGUUAUUGGACUCCAAAAGCGAGGAUUGCGAGGUCUGAUGGAGGGUAGAAGGCUAAGAGAGCGUACAGGUACAACUGGCGGCAGCGGCAGCGGCAGCGGCGGCGGCGGUGGUGGUGGUGGUGGUGGUGGUGGUGGUGGCAGCAGCGGGAACGGCAUGAGCGCGAGCUACUCUGGUGGUCAAGGCCAACGUGUUGGUCUGGGGAUAGCAGGGUCAUGA